AUCGGUGCCGUGGCGCCUGCGCAGUGGGGUCCAGGUGGCCUCUCUCUCCUCGCUCACCGUCCGGGCCCGCGGCCGCCCUGAAUGAUCCGGCCCGGCAUCCCCCGCGCGCCGCUUGGCCCGGGCCGCCGCCGCCUCCUCCUCAGUUGCCGCCGCCGCUGCCGCCGCCAUGGCGUUCACGUUCGCCGCCUUCUGCUACAUGCUGGCGCUGCUCCUCACCGCCGCCCUCAUCUUCUUCGCCAUCUGGCAUAUUAUAGCUUUUGAUGAGCUGAAGACUGACUACAAGAACCCCAUAGACCAGUGUAAUACGCUUAACCCUCUUGUACUUCCGGAGUACCUCAUCCAUGCAUUCUUCUGUGUGAUGUUUCUGUGUGCGACAGAGUGGCUCACGCUGGGUCUCAAUAUGCCGUUACUGGCUUACCACAUCUGGAGGUAUAUGAGUAGGCCUGUAAUGAGUGGACCAGGACUCUAUGAUCCUACAACCAUCAUGAAUGCAGAUAUUCUAGCAUAUUGCCAGAAGGAAGGAUGGUGCAAACUAGCAUUUUACCUUCUGUCUUUUUUUUACUACCUAUAUGGCAUGAUUUAUGUUUUGGUGAGCUCCUAAAAGUGGGUGCCCAGCAGACUUGGUUCCAACAAAGUGCAUGCAGAGAAGCCACAAAGCAAAAGGUUAUUUUUAAGAAUGAAUCUGGUGUCAAGAUUUACAUAUGGAAUCUGAUGAUCACGGUUGCACCUGGGAGAAAAAAAUGCCUUCCUCUUCUCCCUUGCCCCCUUAAAAUGUGUCCAUACUUUAAUACUCACGGAAAGACUGUUUUGUUUUUUUAAGUGAUGAAAAUUACAUCUAAAUUAAUGUAAAGCGAUUACCUCUGGCUUUGGACAGUUUUGACCCUGCACUCCAUAAGGAGCAGCCAUACCCUCAAUUAUAAUUGUAUUAAUUGCUGUCCUUAGUCUAAUAGAAUUUUGUUUCUGUUUA